AUAUUCAAAGCAAGUCUACUGUAUGCAGAACUUAAUGAGCAACAGAUCACUGAAUUAAUGAACUUUCUGAAUGUCAGCAAAUGCUACAGAGCUAAAAUAAUCUGUCAUCAGAUUCAAGUAGAGAGAGUUCUCACUAUUAAAGAUGUCAAUAGAAAAUUCAAGCAUUGUAAGAAUAAUGAAGUUGAAAAAGAGCAGAAUAAGAAGUGA